ACUCUGCUCUUGUGUUAGAGCUCUGCGGAUUCGGUUGGGCAGCAGGUGUCUUUUCUUCGCGCCAGAAGAAUCCUUAACCUCUUCCCUCCCACGCAGACCUCUGAUCGAUAUCGAGGCGUUUUUCUAUCGCGCGCCAGAGGGCUGGAGAAAAAGCGCUUAUGCUCAUGUAGUAAAUUAAAAUUAACUGUAGAUGUGAAUGUCUUAUACUGUACUUCAUGCGAGUGGAAAGCAAGCAAGGAAAGAAUGCACCAUACCGUGUGAGGACCGUCUUGAGAGAAGAGUGAAGGACCAUCAGUUGAAGACGUUCCACCUGGACCAGAGAAACUCUCCGUGACUGUAGGCUAUCUUAAUCCGUGAAGACAAGACAGGAAGCAUCAGAAACAGGUUUCCCACGAAACCUGCCUGCUGGAUCAGGUGCUGGAGCUGAUUAUGAAUGAGAAGCCCCCCAACACUACCAGCCUUUUCCUGAACGAGGACGCCGACAAGCCCCCCCUCCCCAAACGAGGCCUCUGGCGGCGGCUACGUAGGGCCAUGCAGAAGAAAGCGGCCUGCACCAAGGACAGAAUGAGCACCAUCACUAAGGACAGCGUCAAGGGCUUCCUGAGACGCAACCUCUUUGUCCUCCUCACCAUCGCAGCAGUGGCUCUGGGUGUCAUGCUGGGUUUCGCCCUGCGGCCCCACAACCUGACCCUCAGGGAGAUCAAGUACUUUGCCUUCCCUGGAGAGCUGCUGAUGAGGAUGCUGCAGAUGCUGGUUCUGCCUCUCAUCAUCUCCAGCCUAGUCACAGGUAUUUCCUCUCUGGACAGCAAAGCGUCUGGGAAGAUGGGAAUGCGGGCUGUGGUUUAUUACAUGGUGACCACCCUCAUCGCUGUCUUCAUUGGCAUCAUCAUUGUGAUUGUCAUCAAACCAGGGAAAGGCCAUAGGGACAGCCCAGUGGCCUCUAGCGGUACCAUAGAGCCGGUACAAGCAGCUGAUGCUUUCCUGGAUCUCAUCAGGAACAUGUUCCCUCCUAAUUUGGUGGAAGCCUGUUUCAAGCAGUACAAAACGGUCUACAAGAAGACCAUCCACACGAAGAACGUGACUGUUGCCCUCAGUCUGACUGACUCCCUCAACACUACAGAGGCUGCCUUGGCUGUUAACAUGAGCAGAGUGCUGCAGACCAUCCAGGAGACAGUGGUAGAGAUGAUCCCAGUGUCUGGUUCCUCUAAUGGGGUGAACGCCCUGGGUCUGGUGGUGUUCUCCAUGUGCUUCGGCCUGGUCAUCGGCAGCAUGAAGCAGCAAGGACAGGCUCUCAGGGACUUCUUCGACUGCCUCAAUGAAGCCAUCAUGCGCCUGGUGGCCAUCAUCAUCUGGUACGCUCCAGUGGGCAUCCUGUUCCUGAUAGCAGGUAAGAUCGUGGAGAUGAAGAAUCUGGCCGAGGUGGGAGGUCAGCUGGGGAUGUACACGGUGUCUGUCAUCGUGGGUCUGCUCAUCCACGGCUUGUUUGUCCUGCCCCUGCUCUACUUCCUGGUUACCAGGAAGAACCCCUACACCUUCAUCGCUGGCCUGCUGCAGGCCCUCAUCACAGCACUGGGAACAUCCUCUAGCUCUGCCACCCUGCCCAUCACCUUCCGCUGUCUGGAGGAGAACAACCGUGUGGACAAGAGAGUGACACGCUUCAUCCUGCCCGUGGGUGCCACCAUCAACAUGGAUGGCACUGCCCUCUACGAAGCCGUGGCAGCCAUCUUCAUCGCCCAGGUCAACGACAUGGAACUCAACUUUGGCCAGAUCCUCACCAUCAGUAUCACAGCAACAGCUGCCAGCAUCGGCGCAGCAGGCAUCCCACAGGCUGGUCUGGUUACCAUGGUGAUCGUAUUGACAUCGGUGGGACUGCCCACAGAGGACAUAACGCUGAUCAUCGCUGUGGAUUGGUUCCUGGAUCGCCUGAGGACCACUACCAACGUGCUGGGGGACUCUCUCGGGGCAGGCAUCGUGGAGCACCUGUCUCGCCAGGAGUUGCAGAGCCAGGAUGUUGAGAUUGGAAACUCAGUGAUUGAAGAGAAUGAGAAGCCCUACCGGCUCAUCUGCCAGGAAAACGACUCAGUGAAGCACCGCAACAGUGAGACCCCCAUGUAGGGGUCAGGACAGUCUGAAAACAACCACUAGCCCAUACUGUACAUCUUCAGCAAUAUGGGGAAAGCUAUUGGAUACCUAAUCGGAGCCUUCACCAUAUUGAUAACACCUAUCUGGUUAACUUCAGAUCUACAAACACUGUAGGGAUAGUGGCUAGAGAUUGUUUUGACACUGUCAACCAUAUCACCAACUCUUUUGGUAAUUUCAGUCCAAAUCAGAGAUGCAUCUCAAUUGUCUAGAGGACACUGAUGUGAAAGAACUGGACAGGGGAAAUCACAUUUCUCGUAGAUAUCUAGCUACUAUAUUGCUUUCACUUAUUUUAUGUGUUCAUAUCAGUAGAGACCACUUUAGACUGUUAUGUACUCUGUAUCGGUUUGAUUUUCAUGAACAAGAAAGUAAAUGCCAUUCAAUGGCCUUUUUAAAUCUGUGAAUAGAUGGAAAAUCCAUUAGCUGGUUCUCUUGCAUGGCUUGAUUUGUAUUUUAUUGUUUUUUAUUUUGCCACUUUUAGUUGGUGGUUGUUGUUUUUAAUGUGAAUCUACCUCUAAAAUUCAAGUGUACAUUAUGCUUUCUCUUAAGUAAUUUCAUUUUCUGCCCCAAACAUUACCAAGAGGUCAUUUUAUACCAUAUUAUUCAUGCUACCAACUUUGAUAAGCAGUUUUUCUACAGUUUCAAAAACAAAUAUUGAAUUUAUGAUGUAAUGUACUGUAGUUUGCUUGAUCUUUGUCAAUUGAAUCAAUAUGAAUGUAUACAGUAUAUAUUUGUACCGAUAUCUGUAAUCAUGUUUUACACUUGGGUGAUUUAUAUGUUACUUAUUGAGCUAAAUUGGGGUUAGAUUUUUUUUUUUUUUCAAAACAAUAUUUGUAACAAAGAUGUAUUUUCAGUGUUAACUAGUGUUUCUUAACUGAACAUAUUUUGGUACUAGUCACUUAAGUCUGAAGUAUGUGAAAGUAUUACUGUAUGCUUGCUCUGAAUAUUGAUAUUAUUGGGGCUGUUGUAUGUUUCUGUGCAUAGUAAAGAUGGACAAAUAUGGACAAAAGGAUGUUACAUAGCCUACUGAAUUACAUUAUAUGUUUUCCCCCCCCAAUGUUACUAUGGUUUGAUAUUUUAGGCCUUGAGUCCAGCCCUUUUUGUUUGAGUGUUGUGUUUUCAGACAAUGCGAGGAUGAAUAUCCAUUUGGUCCAUUUGUAGAAUAUGAGGGAGAUCUUCAUAUAUUUCUUGACUCACAACUAAAAUGCUCACCAGAAAUAUUCCCUUUCCUUGAUGCUGUAAUCUUACAUGGCCAUUUCAGUUCAACAUCCGGUGCUUUAUCGAUGAAAGCAAUAUUGCCAGUUGUGGUAGUGGUACAUUUAUGAUGAUGGCUUUUCUCUUUAAUUUGACUGUUGAAAAAAGUUGAAAAAUGUUAUGAUGCCUUAAACAUAAUUUGAAAGCAAUUAAGUUGAAUGUUAAGUGGAAAAGGUUUUGAAAGUAUAUAGGCCUACUGUGUACGUAGUUAAGUUUUUAAAACAAUCUAUUUUGAAUGUGGUUGAGCACAUAUUGUUUUAAUUUGUGCCUAUUGUUUUAUAUAUUAAAUAGUUGAUUAAAGUUUUUGUGAGAUGGCUCAAAUUUGCAUUUCUUUU